AUGCAGGUGUCCACUUCGAGGAGGACCCACACGGUCUCUUCAAAGAAGAUGGGGGAAAACGGGCCCCCAUGUACAACGAGACUACCUCCAGUAGUCACGGAGAAGGAAUUACCGAAAUGGCUUAUUCAGGAUCGCCAGGGUGGAUGGCGAAGGAUAACACAGAACUUUACGCCAUCAUGGUUUGCCAUCAACAUGGGCACUGGAAUCGUGUCGAUACUACUCCACACGUUUGGCACCAUCUACCCAAACCACCAGGCUUCCCUCCACGUUCUCAGCAUUGUCUUCUUUGUUCUCAACAUUUCCCUGUUCGUGGCGAUACUCAGCGCCUCAAUUCUUCGAUAUGUGCUUUACCCAGCAACUUGGACCUUGAUGCUCGAUCAUCCUGUCCAAUCUCUCUUCCUUGGCACGCUGCCUAUGGGUUUAUCCACCAUAGUCAACAUGUUCACACUUGUCUGUGUGCCCAGAUGGGGUGGCGCGACACCUCAGGUCGCUUGGGGCAUGUGGUGGCUGGACGCAAUCCUCAGUCUGGCGUGUUGCCUUGGGUUACCUUAUCAGAUGAUGACGAAGCACAAGACCCGGCAUGACACAAUGACAGCAGCAUGGCUGUUGCCGAUUGUCGCGCCGAUUGUGGCCUCUGCCUCUGGUGCUCUUGUCGCCCGUGAAUUACCGAACCCUCACCACGCCUUGAUGACCAUCAUAACGAGCUAUGUCCUUUGGGGAACUGGCGUACCCCUCGCAUUCAUUGUUCUCACAAUAUAUUUCCACCGUCUCGCAGUCUACAAGCUUCCACCGAACGAAGUCAUCGUGUCUGUUUUCCUGCCUUUGGGCCCGAUGGGCCAGGGUGGAUAUGCGAUUAUGCAGCUUGGCAAGUUGUCGAUGAGGGUGUUUCCGGAGACGCAGACGUUACACGUCUCUGCUGGAGAUGUGCUGUACAUCGUCGGAUGCGGUGUAGCGAUUCUCAUGUGGGGGUCUGGCCUUGUUUGGCUUUUCUUUGCACUCGGAGCGGUUUUGGGCAGAGGAAGGUUUCCUUUCAACAUGGGCUGGUGGGGUUUUACCUUUCCGAUUGGGGUUUUUGCGAUGGCCACACUCACAUUGGGCGAGGAAAUCCCAUCGUCAUUCUUCCGGGUUGUGGGCACCGUUCUUGGUGUGAGCGUUUUGUUGCUGUGGGUCGUUGUUGCCUCCGGCACUGCGCUGAACAUGCUGCGUGGCAAGCUGUUCGAAGCACCUUGCUUGCGGGAGCUGGAGAAAGGAUGCAGGGCAAGAAGAGAUGGAGGGCAGCGAGAUGCUUAG